AUGCAACCGCAGCAGCAGCAACAGUAUCUGCUGCAGCAGCAGCAAUACCUGCAGCAGCAGCCGCAGCAGCAUGUGCAGCAGCAGCGCCUGCAGCAGCAGCAGCAGCAGCAGCAGCAGCAGCAACUCACAAGCGUUGCUCCCCUGGCUAGCUUACCUUAUGUGCGCCAGCCCCUUAAGCAGCAGCACCUGCAGCAGCAGCACCUACAGCAGCAGCAGCUGCUGCAGCAGCAGCAGCAGCAGCAACAGCUGCAGCAGCAGCAGCUGCAGCAGCAGCAAGGGACGCCGCAGCUAAUGUCCUUUACUCAUUUUAGGAGCUAA